CGUCAGCUGAUCUCUGUCACUUUGACGUACAUGUGACGUCUUUAGAGUUUUCAUUACGAAACAAACAUGCUAUAAAAUGAAUUUUCUAUGGAAUUCUCCAGCGCAGGCCGCGCGGCGUGCGGCCCUACGAGUUCGCAGCUAGUAAAUAUUCAAUAUGAUAACAGAACAUUUCGAGUGAAUAAUAAAGGAAGCCAAGAUGGCGCUCGCACGCGACGCCACCGACAUGCUAAUGGGCGGCACGUCCGCCAUGUUUGCGACCGUCUUCACCAACCCCAUAGAAGUGGUCAAAACGCGACUCCAACUCCAGGGAGAAUUGAAAGCUAAAGGACAUAAGAUACAUUAUAAGAGUGUACCGCACGGAUUGUUCGUUAUUGCGAAAAAUGAAGGGUUUGGAUCGCUGCAGAGGGGUUUAAGUGCUAUGGUUGGGUUCCAGUUCUUUCUUAAUACUUUUAGAUUAGGAGUGUUCCGGAUAUGCGAACGCCGCGGCCUUACCACGGACGGCAAUGGUCGAACGUCAAUACUGAAGGGCGCGGCGGCGGCUGGCAUCGGUGGCGCUCUGGGCUCCAUCGCUGGCACGCCGUUCUUUCUAGUCAAGACACGAUUACAAGCACAGGCUGCACAGGCGAUCUCCGUGGGACAUCAGCACAAGCAUACUGGGACUUUUGAAGCACUAGGCGAUAUUUACGCUAAGGAAGGAUUUAAAGGUUUAUUCCGCGGCGUGCAACCUCAAAUCCCCCGCGGCGCUGUUGGCAGCGCGUCCCAAAUGGUCUCCUUCUCUUACGCUAAAGAGUGGCUCGUAUCACACGGCUGGAUGGUAGACUCGCCUGUACUUCUGUCGUUUGCUGGGGCUAAUCUUGGCGGGCUGGUUAUGACAGCCUGUCUCAAUCCGUUUGAUGUCGUGGCGACGAGACUGUCUAACCAACCGGUGGACGCAAAAAAUCGCGGCAAGCUAUACUCUGGUAUGGUGGACUGCUUCUACAAGAUGGUGCGUUCAGAAGGCGUCAGCUCGCUGUACAAAGGCACGGGGGCCAACUACAUGAGGCUAGGGCCACACACCGUUCUACUAUUAGUGUGUUGGGAUCAGCUGAAGAUCUUAGAAGGUUGUUUGAGGAGAUAGCCAU